AUGGAUUCACCAUUGCAACUAAAUAACAAUACGAUCAGUCAACUGUCCAAGCGCAAUUCAAUUGCUGGUUUAGUCGAAUUCUUCGAUAGUAUUGUUUCAUUUCUGAAUAACAAUACUUGUGAACCCGCAAUCGCUUUGCGUAAACUAACCUCAGUAUGCGAUGAAUUAUUCGCCGUUCGUGUCCUAGGUCCAUUUGAUAACCCAACUAUCAUGCAACAUAACUUUUUCAUUCUACUCAGUCGGACAUUUACCAUGCUGUUUACAAAAAUGACAUUGGUUCCUUUAACACCGACAGAUGAGCAAUGCUUGGAAUCAAUAAGCAUAUUUAUUACCAAUUUAUGUUCACUGAAGAAUAAAGCUGUACAUUGCUUCUACGCAGACUAUACGGAAGAACGCGAUGGAAAAAUCAGUCAACCGGUGGACCCGAUGUCGUACGAUAAGAUCUUUUUUACUAGUAAAUUCAUGGCGAAAUAUAUCCGAAUGGUAGAAAAUGACAUCUCUAAUAAAGAAUACUCAGCCUAUCAUAUUAAAUACAAAAUAACCGAUCGUUUACUUCGUCUCUGGAUAAAACUACGGAGUCCAAAUUAUAGAGCUGCUCUCGAUGCUGUGAUAAAGUGUUUAAUGUCGGAACAUUACCUUAAAGUGUACAAGGCCAUCGAUCUUCGCAACCCGACGCUGACUCCAAAACAAUCAUUGCUUUUGUAUCAAUGUCCGAAAUUCAUCCGGUUAAUGUCUGACACCCGACAGGGAGAGAUAUCACAUAAACUAUGUGAAAAACUUAUCAAAGACACCUAUGAAAUACUUCACAAGCAUCUAAAUACCAUUUUAGAAGGUGAAUUAGAAUUAGUUAAGAUGAUUGACUACCAACGAAGCAGAAACGAGUCGGAUAGGCAAGUUUUGAAGAAGUAUUUUUUAUCAAAUACAAAAGGCGCGAAAACACCUGCUGUUGCUUGGAAUAUCGAACUAUUGAAUUACUUUGCUUUGACUCCAACAACGGGAAUACGAGGCUGUUUCCAGACACAUUACGAUCAUAACGAAUCGAUGGUUGAUCAAGUGCUUGCUAUCAUAAGUAGAGAUUAUCUGAUUUACAGUGUUCAAUUCAACAGUCUACCAUUUCAUUGUGAUGUUGCUCUUGUCUCAUACUCACUUGUAAUGCUAUACAAUUUAACAUUCGACGAAGCAAUCCAUAAACAUCUAAAAAGCAAGAAACCAUUCAAUACUCUUAAACGUUUGCACGCAGCAAAAGACAAAAUUAUUCGAUUCACCUCUCGAACCUUAGCGGCGAUUUUACAAAAGGAGAAAAUUGACGAAAUCGAUAGUCCCUCCAAAAUUGCAAAAUCCUAUCUGUACAUGAUCGAGAACACUCUCGAUAAUAUAGACCUGAUGUUCCAUGGAAUCAAACUUGACGGAGUGUUGACUAAUUUGGAAACGGUUGUUCUCAACGAUGAAGUUAAAGAAGAAAUCGUCAAUGAAGAUGGAAUCGAUCUGCUAGAAGAUAUCGUAUGUCAUGAUGCUUUCGAUUACGAUAGCCUUCGCGCGCCUGCUGCUCGGAUUAUUGAAAGUCUUUCAUUUGAACUCAAAGCACCUUCGAAGAUUCUUGAUAGCGAUCGUCUAUUAGCAGAGAUCAAUGAAUUUUCAUGUGAUGCAAACGCUGAGAAGCAGUCGAUAGCAAAGUACAUUCAGUGGAAUAUCGAAGGUCAAAAACUCUUCCAAGCGAGGCGCGUAUCGGAUGAAGAAAGUCGCGAAAAAUACGGAAUCAAGGAAACCAAAAGAGCAUUCGAUAUCACAAAAGCUAUUUAUCAAUACAUUCGAGGCGAUUAUGUGUACACCUUAGAUGGCCAGAGAGAACGAAACAAAAUCAACAUUCACAUUAGUUACAAUGCUAAAAGUAAAAAAGAUCAAGAAAUGUUCAAUAACAUUUACAAUUACUUGAAAAAGAUCGAGCUCUACAAUAUAUCAUUCAAUACAAUGACGGAGCAACGCCCCGAUCCAGAAAAAUUGGCUAACGACAUUGAAGAAGCGUCCAUCGUGAUCCUGUGUUUGUCAAAUGAAUACGGACAUUCGAAUGCAUGUCGAAUCGAAGCUAUCUAUGCUUCUCGGAGAAACCGAAAAAUUAUUGCGAUUCUAGUUCACGGAGAAAGUAUCAAAUCGAAGUGGUUGCUCAACAUCAUAGAAGGCAAACCUUUUAUUGAUUUUACUACUGAAUUUAGCUUAUCUUGCGAUAGACUGAUGGAUACAAUCAAUCAUGAGUAUGAAAAUAUUUUCCGGAAUGAAUAA